CGUUCCACUCUGGACGGCAGAGUAGUUGAUUAUUCAAUUGAAUAAUCUGCAGUCGGAAAGCUAGACACGAGAACAGCCACCCAGAGAGUGUCCGUGUGAGAGAGGGAGCUUCAUAGAUCAACCAAAAAUGGCGAUAACACUCAACAGUGGCUUCAAAAUGCCCAUACUCGGCCUGGGUGUGUGGCGUAUGGACGGCAAAGACAUCAGAAAUCUCCUCAUCAACGCCAUCAAGAUCGGUUAUCGCCACUUCGACUGCGCUGCUGAUUACCAGAAUGAAGUAGAAGUUGGGGAGGCACUUGCAGAAGCAUUUCAGACUGGGCUUGUCAAGAGGGAGGAUCUUUUCAUUACCACCAAGCUCUGGAAUUCAGAUCAUGGACAUGUUAUAGAGGCUUGCAAAGCCAGUCUGAAGAAGCUCCAGCUAGAUUAUCUAGACCUGUUCCUUAUUCACUUUCCCAUUGCCACCAAACAUACUGGUGUGGGCACAACUGGGAGUGCUCUGGACGAGGAUGGGGUGUUGGACAUCGACACAACCAUAUCCCUGGAAACUACCUGGCAUGCUAUGGAAGAAUUGGUUUCUAUGGGUUUAGUUCGAAGCAUUGGGAUAAGCAACUACGACAUCUUUCUAACCAGGGAUUGCUUAGCUUACUCCAAAGUGAAGCCUGCUGUGAAUCAGAUCGAGACACACCCCUACUUCCAACGCGACUCCCUCGUCAAAUUCUGCCAGAAGCAUGGAAUCUGUGUCACUGCCCAUACUCCUCUGGGCGGCUCUGUGUCUAACACAGAAUGGUUUGGUUCAGUAUCAUGUUUGGAUGACCCAGCUCUCAAAGUAAGGAAAACCCUUCUCUUACAUAGAUCAACCAUCAAUGCUGGUUUGCAAAAUAAUGUCUUCUUGUUUCUUUGGCUUCAGGAUCUGGCUGAGAAAUACAAAAAGACUGUACCUCAGGUUGUUCUCCGAUGGGGCAUCCAGCGGAACACGGUUGUCAUCCCAAAAACAUCAAAGCUUGAGAGAUUGGAAGAAAAUUUCAGGGUUUUAGACUUUGAGCUGGCCAAAGAGGACAUGGACCUGAUUGGAAGCCUGGACCGGAAGCAUCGAACCAAUCAGCCUGCAAAGUUUUGGGGCAUAGAUCUGUAUGCUUGAAGGUGUCCAAGUUUCAUGAGUAUGUUCUCAGUUCUCUUAUGUCUUGCAAGAACUAAGAGUAGGGGAUUCAAAACCCUGGACAUCCUUUGUUCUCUCUACUGCCAUUGGAAAACUUUGAUUGAUCUUUGGACAUCAUUCUUCAAAUAACUACAUCUCUAAUAAUUCCUCUCAAUACAAAA